AUGCCCUCCACUAGAAGCAUCAAGUUAGAUAACUACUACUACUCCUCCCCUCCACCACCACCACCACCCUCCACUCCUCCUCCUCCGCCCCCGCCGCCGACAUACAGCCCACCCCCACCCCCUCCUCCUAGCCCCCCACCCCCUCCCCCACCAUGCUACAACAAAAAACACUGUGGCGGCGGCGGGGGCCACCAUCACCACCACCCACCCACCUCCCCACCAACCGCGCCGCCAGAAUACCCGCCAAAAACGCCACCUGGCGGCCCGGCUGCCCCGCCAAAACCCACCCACCCACCAAAACCUAGCCCACCAGAAAAGCCGCCAAAACCCGAAACUCCGGCAUAUCCGCCGGGAAAGCCGCCGAAGCCCGGAACUCCGGCGAAGCCGCCUAAGCCGGCUUAUCCACCUCACUCGUCGCCGCCGGAAUAUCCACCAUAUCCAUACCCUCACUACCCGCCGAUAUCCCCAUCAGUCCCCCACACUCCGAUCACUCCGUUCCCGCCGCCCAGCGUGCUGACGCCUCCCGGCGGCGGCGGCGGAGGGCACGACCACACGACGAUCAUCGCCGUGUGCGUCUCCCUCGGCGGCGCCUUCUUCCUCGCCUUCCUCGCGGUGGGGCUCUUCUGCUUGGCCAAGAAGAAGAAGAAGCCGGUCAUGGUUCCCGCGGCGCAUCCGCACGGAGGAGAGGGAGGCGGCCCACACGGCGGCGGCGCGGCGCAUGGAGGCGGGCAUGAUUACAGUUAA